AUGGCGGUUUUGAAAAUGGCAGUCGUGGUGGUUUUGGCUUUGGGUACAAAGAAGUUCGCGAUCUGGAUUACCAUUUCGGCUUUGUUGCUAAUGUUUUUGGAAUUUGCUAGCAAGCAAUUGCCUAAAUUAUUCAAACAGUGUUUGAAUUCGCAGAAGUCAUUCAAUUUGCUGAUCCAACGGCUGCGAAACAGUCACGACAAGGUGGUGGACAAAGAAGUGACUAGGGUUUUGAAGCUGCCAAUUGAACAAGAGACUGGUGUCUCUGCUUUCUCUGUUUUAGUUAGUCGUGAGUUGAAUCCACUAGUUGAAGAAAUUGAGAUUGUACAACCAAACUCUGAAUUUGAAAUGAGUGAUUGCAACAGGAAAUGGGGAUGUGAAAAAUUGGAUACAAAUAAGGGGGUUAGUGAGAAGCAAGAGGAUCAUACAAGUGAUGUAGUGGAACUCAAAAGAGUAGUCAUAUCUGAAGAACAAGAACAAGAAGAAGAAAACAAGGACGUAUCAUUAUUGUUUUCAUCAAGUGUUGUGAUUUGUUGUUCUGGUGAAUUGUUGCUUUCGGAGGUGCAAGAAAUUGCAGUUAGGGAAGAGGAGAAGAGGGAAACACAGAGAAAUUCAGGGUAUAUCAUUCUCUUUCUGAUUGUUCUUGUUGGACUUUUGGGAGGUCGAAGUUUGGCGCUUGUAAUUACCUUCUCAUGGUGUUUGAUGCUGAAAUUGCUAAGGAGACUUCAACUAGGUGACGGUGAUCAGCUCUCUUGUCAAAAAUCUAGUUAG